UUGGCAUUCCCGAUAAGGAAAGAGACAUUGAUUGAUUGACUCCGAACGAGCCGGGUUAAUAUGCCAAACGACAAGUGGAUUGGCAUCCUUUCCCUAUGACCCUCUUCCUUCUCGACCAUGGCGCGGGCAAUGUCCAGAGCCUCGCUAACUCGAUAAAACGGCUAGGCUAUCCGUUUUCGUGGAUAUCCACUCCAGAGGACUUCCAAAAGGCAACCGUUCUCAUCUUCCCAGGGCAGGGUGCAUUCCAUACUGCAAUAGAAUGUUUGACAGCCCGUGGCUUGCUGCAUCCACUCUUGGACUACAUCAACUCCGGAAAGCCGUAUUUCGGUAUUUGCAUCGGCAUGCAGGUCCUAUUCGCAUCGUCCGCCGAAUCCCCGUCCGUGCGCGGCUUAGGCAUCAUACCGUGUGAUAUCGUUCGCUUUGAUGAUACAGACAAGGCGGUCCCUCACAUGGGAUGGAACACUAUCGAAUGCCUUGACCCCUCAUCAGAUCCACAGUCCACUGAAGGACUCUCGGCAACAUCGCACUAUUAUUUCGUUCAUUCUUAUUGCGCUAUUUACGACCCAGAAAGGAAUCCCGUGGCUGCAGAGUGGGCCCACUCAACCACACAGUACGGGAACGAUGUCUUUGUAUCGACCGUCCGAAAGGGGAAUGUCUUCGGAGCGCAGUUUCAUCCCGAAAAGUCCGGAGCUGCAGGGCUGGCCAAUCUGGAUGCUUGGAUAAAACAGUCUUUGGCUGGACGCGUCCCUACUGCAACUGUGACUCGUGUACCCAGACUCCCAAAGCCAGCAGACGGCUUCACGAAGCGAAUUAUCGCUUGCAUGGAUGUCCGUGCAAACGAUGAAGGUGACCUAGUUGUUACCAAAGGAGAUCAGUAUGACGUACGUGAAAAGGCUGCACCCAACUCCUCGACAGUCGACGCCGCUGGCGCCGUUCGAAACCUUGGGAAGCCCGUUGCACUUGCUUCAAAAUACUUUGAAUCAGGGGCAGAUGAGCUCUGCCUCUUAAACAUCACCUCGUUCCGGAACUCUCCCUUGCAUGAUCAGCCGAUGUUAGCCGUCGUCCGGGCCGCAGCGGAACGUGUCUUCGUCCCGCUCACAAUUGGCGGAGGAAUCAAGGAUGCUGUUGACCCUGACGGCACGAAACGUCCCGCCGUCGAGGUCGCAGGUGCUUAUUUCCGCGUGGGUGCUGACAAAGUCAGCAUAGGGUCCGAGGCUGUUUAUGCGGUCGAGAAACUACGGGCUGCCGGGUCCGGAGACGGUACAAGUGCAAUAGAGACAAUAUCAAAGAUGUAUGGCAGGCAGGCUGUUGUCGUUUCCGUUGACCCCCGGCGGGUAUAUGUCGACCCAUCCACCUAUGAUGGACCUUACAAGGACGAACUAGUUUUCGGGAAGGAUGAUGGUCCAAUGGCUGAACGAGGCAAGGCAUGGUGGUACCAGUGCACCGUUUCGGGAGGUCGCGAAACGCGGCCGGUGUCGGCUGUAGAAUUGGCCAGAGGCGCGGAGAUGCUCGGGGCAGGGGAGAUAUUGCUAAACAGUAUCGACCGAGACGGGACAGGCCUCGGCUUCGACCACGACUUGAUUGGAAUGAUAAAGCGUGCCGUCACCAUACCUGUGGUGGCGAGCAGUGGCGCAGGCACGACGAAGCACUUUGUGGACGUCUUCAGGGAGACGAACGUAGAAUCAGCUUUGGCUGCCGGGAUAUUCCAUCGAGACGAAGUUAGCAUUAGGGAUGUCAAGGCCGCGCUACAAUGCGAGGGAUUUAAUACCCGGAUUACUUGACAAGCACAUCUAUUUAUAAAUGAAUGAAGUAGGUGUGUAGAACAGGCACCAAUGCAACUAAACACUCCGGUGUUCGCGAACUUUCAUUUCAUGCUCUUAGG